AUGUUUUCAAACAAAGCCGAUCCACCCAUUUCAUAUGAUAUAACCAACUCGCAAAAUGAAAGAUCUCAAAAUGAAGAUUCUGCUGAUUUAUUUUCACAAUCUUCACAAAAAUCUCGAGACUCUAAAACUGCCUCUUUUCCUUCGUAUUGUUUAUUUGUCACUUUUGUAGCCGUUAUUGCGUCAUUUGAAAAUGGAUGGAAUCUCGGUGUCACAAACAUUCCUGAUAUUAUGGCUGUUGCAUUAGGAAUUAGAGCCGCGUACCUUGUCGAUUUUACACUUUUAACACUAGAUGAAUCUAAGACACUUUUAUCAUCUUUCCAAAAAAAUGUAAACCUAUUCAAUAUAUGCAUUCUGCAAUUCUCCGAUACUCACACGUUUAUUUGUAAUUAUAAAUUGAUACUUACAAAACUCGAAAAAGACUUAAUCAAUGAGUUUGAAAGUAAUGUGUUUGUCGACGUCGCAUGGCAUUGCAAAGAAGGUGGAAAUAAGGAACCAAAAGUGAUCAAUACCCCAUCUUCUUUUAGAACCUUUUUGGAAACGUGCGUUAAACCUUUUUUUUCAGAAUUGUCAGAUUUUCAUUUAUCAUCUUCAAUGAGAAACUCGGAAGUGCUCUUCAUUCCUACGACUCCAACCUGUGCAAUAACAUUCACUGGCUGGAUACUUGAAUAUCCCGCAAUUUAUGUUCUCGAUUCUGUGCCUGAUAGUGUGGAUAUGUCAUUCGAUGUUCAAACGAUGAAAAAUUGCCUUGGAAGUCAAGAUUUGAAAUUAUAUCGUGCGUUCUUGAAGAUUCAUGAGAUUAGCAAUA